AUGGCUCGUUAUUGUCAUUUAUCAUAUACAUUUACAAAAGCUAAUAAUUUUACUUAUUCGCUUACUCGUAAUGCUUUAACAACAUACACUUAUUUUAUUAAUUCUAAUGCUCCAUUUACUAUUUAUAAUCGUCGUUUGUCUUCAAAUACAGGAGUACGUAAACCUUUAUUUGACAAGGUUUUAAUUGCAAACCGUGGCGAAAUUGCUUGUCGUGUAAUGCAAACUGCUAAGAAAUUAGGCAUAAAGACAGUAGCAGUUUACAGUGAAGCCGAUAGACAUGCUUUACAUGCAGAUGAGGCAUAUUUAAUAGGUUCUGCUCCAUCAGCAGAUAGUUAUUUGAAUAUCAAUAAAAUCAUUUCUGUUGCCAAACUGAGCAACUCCCAGGCUAUUCAUCCUGGAUACGGAUUUUUAUCUGAAAAUCCGGUUUUUGCUGAUCUCUUAGCAAAAGAGAAAAUAACAUUUAUUGGUCCUCCAGCAUCUGCAAUGGUUUCGAUGGGCUCUAAAAGUGAGUCAAAAGACAUUAUGAUUGCUUCCAAUGUUCCCGUUGUUCCAGGUUAUCAUGGCAAAAAUCAAGAUCCUCAAUUUUUAAAACAAAAAGCUUCGGAAAUUGGGUAUCCCAUAUUAAUCAAAGCAAUUAAGGGUGGUGGUGGCAAAGGAAUGCGAAUUGUAAAUAAUCCAUCAGAAUUUGACAUUCAACUCGAGUCGUCCAAAAGUGAAUCGAUGAAAUCUUUUGGAGAUGAUCAAGUGCUCAUUGAAAAAUAUCUUUUAACUCCUCGUCACGUUGAAGUACAAAUCUUCGCUGAUAAACAAGGAAAUGUAGUUCAUCUUUUUGAGAGAGAUUGCUCUGUUCAAAGAAGACAUCAAAAAAUUUUGGAAGAAGCACCGGCUCCAGGAUUAGAUGAUAAAAUAAGAGAAGAUCUUGGUGCAAAAGCUGUUGCGGCAGCUAAAGCUGUAAAUUAUGUUGGCGCUGGUACUGUAGAAUUUAUUAUGGAUAAUUUAGAUAAGAAAUUUUAUUUCAUGGAGAUGAAUACAAGAUUACAGGUUGAACAUCCUGUUACAGAAAUGGUUACCUCUACAGAUUUAGUUCAAUGGCAAUUAGAAGUUGCUUCAGGUAAUCCACUACCUGUUACGCAAAAUCAGUUAAAGCUUGAAGGUCACGCUUUUGAAGCGCGUAUUUAUGCAGAAAAUCCUGCGAAUGAUUUCUUUCCUGAUAUUGGUCCUUUACUUCAUCUUCGAACGCCAUCACCAUCAUCAAAUGUUCGAAUUGAAACUGGAUUUGAACAAGGUGAUGAAAUUAAUGUUCAUUAUGAUCCUAUGAUAGCCAAAUUAGUUGUAAAAGGUCAAGAUCGUACGGAGGCGCUAAGAAUUUUGAAGAAUGCUUUAAACGAAUAUGAGGUGGUUGGUUUACAUACCAAUAUUGAAUUUUUAAAAAGUGUUGUCUCACACAAUGCUUUUAUUAAUGGAGAAGUUGAAACUGACUUUAUAGCA